GACAAACCACAGGAUGGAAGAAAAUAUUUGCAAUACAUAAAUCUGAUGAAGAAUAUGUGUUUUAGCUGAGCGCAGUGGUGACACGCACCUGUAGUCUCAGCUGCGCAGGAGGCUGAGGUGGGAGCAUCGCCUGAGCCCCGGAGAUCAAGGCUGCAGUGAGCCACGAUGGCACCACUGCACUCCAGCCUGGGUGACAGAGUGAGGCCCUAUCCGCCACCCCACCCCACCCCACCCCACCAAAAAAGGUGUAUGUUACAACUCCACCCGAUUAAACAAAAUGGGCAGAAGAUAUGAGCAGACACUUCAGAAAAGAUACGUAAGUGGCUAAUAAGCACAUGGAAAGAUGCCAUUGUUAGUCUUCAGGGAAAUGCGAACAACACAGAUGCCUGCACGUGCACGGCACCCUGCGUGCACCCGCACUACCAGUGGGAGGGCAAACAGCACAGCCCCUGUGGAAGAUGGCUGCAGUUUCUCAGAAAGUUAAACAUGCACCUCCCUGUGGGCCAGCCGCUCUGCUCCCAAGAGAAAUGAAGACAGAUGUCCACAUGAGGACAUGUGCCAGGGCCUCUGCUGCAGCUUCAUCCAGUCACCAGGAACUGGGAGCAGCCCAGGCACCCACCGGCAGGCGAUGGGUAAUGGUGGCGAUGUUUGGCCACACGGUGGAAAAAUCCUUUGGCUGUGGAAAGGAAGAAAGUGCAGAUAAAACAACAUGGAAGGAUCUGAAGGACUGGGCCGGGGUCUGCAGGGCUCAGCUGAACCCAUGAACUCCCAGAGCUAACCCCUGACCACCAGGGCGGGCAAAGGGCUGAUGUCGGUAUCUCCCAUCCUGGAGGGGCAGGCCUUGCGCAUCUGCUCCUGGCAUGGCGCUGCGGCACCUUGUCUUCCUGGCGGGCCUUCUGGUGGGAGUUGCAAGCAAGUCCAUGGAGAACAUGGCCCAGCUGCCCGAGUGCUGUGUGGAUGUGGUGGGCGUCAACGCCAGCUGCCCAGGCGCAAGCGUAUGUGGCCCAGGCUGCUACAGGCACUGGAACGCGGACGGGAGCGCCAGCUGUGUCCGCUGUGGGAACGCAACCCUCCCAGCCUACAAUGGCUCCGAGUGUAGAAGCUUCGCUGGCCGGGGUGCGCCAUUCCCCAUGAACAGAAGCUCAGGGACCCCUGGGCGGCCACAUCCCGGUAAGUCUCAGCAGGCCAUGGCCACCUCUGCUGGUGUCCUGGGGGCUGGGGGCUGUCAGAGCCAGUGCAGACCCUGACCACUGAUGCGGCCACAGCAGGCUCAGGGUCCGCAAAACAGGGCCAGAGGAGAGUGCGGCAGCCCCUGCAACUUGGGGUCAGCUGACAUGGGUGGGGAUGUGGGGGCGUCACCAGGGCUCCACCACAUCUCCAAAGGGCCGUAAUUAGGGGAGGCCCUCAUGGCCACACCGCACACUCUCAGGGUCACGCAGCUCACAGCCACGCUCUCAGGUUCACGCUCACGGCCACACCGCAUGCUCUCAGGUCCCCGCUCACGACCACACCACACGCUCAGGUUCACACGGCCACACCUCACACUCUCAGGUUCACGCUCACAGCUCACGGACACACCGCACGCUCUCAGGUUCACACGGCCACACCGCACACUCAGGUUCACGCUCACGGCUCACGGACGCACCGCACGCUCUCAGGGUCACGCAGCUCACAGCCACACGCUCUCAGGUUCACACUCACGGCUCACGGCCACACCACAUGCUCUCAGGUCCCCGCUCACGGCCACACCGCACGCUCUCAGGUUCACACGGACACACCGCACGCUCUCAGGUUCACGCUCACGGCUCACGGACACACCGCACGCUCUCAGGUUCACACGGCCACACCGCACACUCAGGUUCACGCUCACGGCUCACGGACGCACCGCACGCUCUCAGGGUCAUGCAGCUCACAGCCACACGCUCUCAGGUUCACACUCACGGCUCACGGCCACACCACAUGCUCUCAGGUCCCCGCUCACGGCCACACCGCACGCUCUCAGGUUCACACGGACACACCGCACGCUCUCAGGUUCACGCUCACGGCUCACGGACACACCGCACGCUCUCAGGUUCACACGGCCACACCGCACACUCUCAGGUUCACGCUCACGGCUCACGGACACACCGCACGCUCUCAGGUUCACACGGCCACACCGCACGCUCUCAGGUUCACGCUCACGGCUCACGGACACACCGCAUGCUCUCAGGUUCACACAGCCACACUGCACGCGCUCAGGUUCACGCUCACGGCUCACGGACACACCGCACGCUCUCAGGUUCACGCUCACGGCUCACGGACACACCGCACGCUUUCAGGUUCACAUGGCCACACCGCACACUCUCAGGGGCACGCUUACAGCUUGGUCCUGCCUCUGCCUCGCCCCAAACCCACCCCAGCCUGCGGUCACAGUCCCAGGAACCAGGAGGAGCAGGGGCUCUGAGGUCCGUGCUAAUCAUGCCCAGCAGCUCUUCCAGGGUGUAUGGCCCCGGGAGACGGCAGACACGCAGGCUGGACAGGAAUACCUGCCACACUGCCUGGGCCUGGGGCCAUCAACACCUGAUCCUCAGGAGGACACAGGGCCCGUCUCCCAGACGGACUCGUCUCCUGGGCCUCUGAACCCACCUGAGAUGUGGGCACGGCUUACAGACCCUCAUCCUUCAGCAGAGGAGGACACGCUGGCCCUGGGGCCGGGGCUGAGGGCUGUGUUCUGAGACGGCAAAACCCUCAUGUCUUUAGAGCAUGGACCCGGGCCCUGAGCUAGCCUGGGUCCAUUGCUGACCUGAGUGGCGUGUUUUAGGGUAGGGUUGGCCUAGAUGGGCUCCUGGCCUCCUGUGGCUCUGUGCCGGGGUUGGAAGGAGCAAGGCCUCCAGCCUGGCAAACACGCCUGUGUCUCCGGGUUGGGAAGUCCCCUCCCCAGCAUCUCAGAGCACACCCAGCAGCCAUCGCCAACUUUCCUGAGCCCCAGGCCAGCAGCCCUGGCCCGUCCUGGCCCAGGCAGGUGGAGGUGAGGUGGGAGGUCCUGGCCCAGGCAGGUGGAGGUGAGUGGGAAGGUCCUGGCCCAGGCAG